ACCGGAAGUCCGUGUGAAGCAGGCGGAAGUUUACUCCUCCUCCCGGCGUGUGUCCAGUGUUAGAGCAAAUUACUGUUUAUUUUCUGUUCCGCAGUUUAACUCUUUAUUUAUAUUAGAAAAUGUCUGAUAACGAAGACAAUUUUGAUGAUGGAGAUUUUGAUGAUGUGGAGGAGGAUGAAGGUUUGGACGACCUGGAAAAUGUGGAGGAUGAGGAUCAGGAGAACGUACAGAUUCUCCCAGCAGGAGAAGGACAGCAGGCCAAUCAGAAGCGGAUCACUACACCGUACAUGACCAAAUAUGAGAGAGCCAGAGUGCUGGGGACCAGAGCACUACAGAUUGCGAUGUGUGCACCAGUGAUGGUGGAGUUGGAGGGAGAAACGGACCCUCUGCAGAUCGCCAUGAAGGAGCUCAAAGGCAGAAAAAUCCCCAUCAUCAUCCGGAGGUAUCUGCCUGAUGGGAGCUAUGAGGACUGGGGCUGUGACGAGCUCAUCAUCACUGACUAACACACACACACACACACUCCUGUACAAUGGUCUGUGUGCAGUGACUAACUCUCUCCACUAGAGGGAGUCUCCUUUUCGUUAUUUAGUGACUUUUAGUUUGUUUUAUUAACACAAUAAAUCUUUUUGUAUAAAAUA